ACACACUCACAAAUGGGAGGACCUAUUACACAAUCACAUUAUCCGUAAUCUCUGAGGAGUGGGGAACAAAGCCUAGCCUGAACAAGGAAUAAAACACUAGCAUUUUGAUAGUGAAAAUGUCCUACAUACCCGGUCAGCCUAUAACAGCUGUUGUGCAACGAAUUGAAAUUCAAAAACUACGGGAUGGUGAUAACUUAAUAUUAGGAUUCAGCAUUGGAGGGGGAAUUGACCAAGAUCCAAGCCAGAAUCCAUUCUCCGAAGAUAAGUCAGACAAGGGAAUCUAUGUCACACGUGUGUCUAAAGGUGGACCUGCAGAGGUGGCUGGUCUCAGAAUGGGAGACCAAAUUAUGCAGGUAAAUGGCUGGGACAUGACCAUGGUGACACAUGAUCAGGCACGAAAAAGACUCACCAAGAAGAAUGAAGACGUGGUCAGACUUCUCGUCACUAGAAAAUCCCUGGAGGAAGUAGUUAGACAGUCCAUGAUGCAACACUAAUGCCGGUCUAAAACACACUAAUUGGAGCUCAUUGCAUGUCAUUAUUGGUUAAUCACAUGUUCAAAGCAUGUUUUUAAACUAAUUAUAAACAACCAGCCUCCCUCAGCCAAAGAGUGAUGCCAAGAAACCAGUCAUUGUAGAUUAACAAGGACUUCUUCAUUAAUCACCUGUGUUAAAGAUCAUUUUAAUGUAUUGAACUGACUAAUGAAUGAGAACACUUUAAUAAGACAAUGUAAAGAUUGUUGUUUGCAUUCCAUAAUUGACAUUGCUAAUUUUCAUCUAUGGUGUUUUAAGCAUUGCUUUAUAAACCGCGGGUUAAUUUAGUGACACGAUAUGCCAAAUAAGAAUACUUCUGAGCUGUACUAUAUAUAGCCUACUCCUUAAUGUACUGUGGACUGCGUAAACUUCAUAUCAUUUCAUUUACAGAUCUCAAUGGCUACAGUGAGAUAUCUGUGUUCACCUUAUUUAUAAUUGCCUUAUGUGUCAGUUCACUAACACCUAAACCAACGUGUACGCCUGUGUAACUGUUAAAAGUGUGAUUAACAAUAGUAAGUUUAUGACUGUCAAAAUACACAGCUGUUCUUAUAUGACCACUAAUUUAGCUAUUUUGUGGGAAUUUUUAGUAACUCUUUUAAAAUGUUGUGUGUGUGUGUUUAAACAACAUUAGCCUAAUGAUGCUAGCAAAACAUUGCAUGAUCAUCAGAAUUUGGAAGAUAAGCAGUCUCAUCUGUAUUUGGCUCCUGUAUAAAACUGCUAUUUUGUAUUCAGAUUUUUUUUUUCUUUGAUACAAACUUUUUUUGGCAUUUGAUUGUAUUAUGAAUUUUUUAAUGAAUAAAAAUCUUCUACCACUUGA